GCUCUUCCUGGGUACAAGGAGGGGCCUCUGGACCUGGGGUUCCCCCUGCACUGCAGCUCUGCCCAGCCCCCUCCGAUUCCAGGGCUCCCUCCUCCCCUAACCCCGCCUCUUGGGGCUCUCACCCCGGAACCUGUCUGACCGGUUCCCUUGGGGCUCCCCGCCCCUCGCAGCCAGCCUGGGCCAUGGCAGCCGCCUCCUCUUCCUCCUCCCCGUGCCCCGGGCCUCCAUCGGGGGCCGCAGGCCCUCUGGCUCCCGCUGCCCGGCCAUCGGCCGCCUCUUCGGGCCUGGGCCGCUGCCGGAUGGCCCUGCUGCUGGCUGUGGGCCUAGAUGUGGCCGGAAUGGUGGCCCUGCUGACGGGCGUCUUCGCGCACCUACAGGUGCAGGGCCGGGACUUCGGGGACCUGCUCAUCUACACGGGCGCCCUCAUGGUCUUCCUCAGCCUGCUGGGCUGGAUCUUCUGGUACACCGGCAACAUCGAGAUCUCCCGCCAGGAGCUCGAGAGGGACUACGGCCGCAGGCCCAGCACCCUGGCCCGCCUGGCCCGCAAGCUCUCCAGGCGCUGGUCCUCCCAGCCCAGCCCAGGCUCCCGAGGCAGGGCUCGGGGCACCCCCAAGCGCCAGCCCCAGCCCUCCCGCAGGGUACGCCUGCAGCUGGGCCCUCUGGAGGCCUCGGGAGCCGGGAUGGAGUGAGGAGAGGCCCAGGGCUUGGCACGGAGUAGGUGCCGAAUCAAAGGGGCUCCCUCCUCACCUUCUUGGAGGAGAGCCUGGGGCAGCUCCGAUGUUCUCUCUCCAGCCUCACCGGGAUGGCGCGGCAGAGCCAGACAAGAGCCCCUUUCCCCUCCAGUGAGGGGCUUCCCUGCUCCCACCUCCUCCCUCCUCCCCCAUCAGCGACCUCCGGAUAAACACUCCCACCUUGACCACACUUCCAUGUUUGUAUCUUUGGACACCUUUAGGGAUCUGCGGGACUGUGGGGGGGACGGUCUUGCCAACUCUGUAGCAGACAGUCCCAAGAGCUAGGUUGGGUUCCCCCCCACAACUGGACCCAGAGGGCCGGCCCUCCAUCCCCUCCUCUCUUCUUCCCACUCAGGCUCCUGAGGGGGACUGGCUGGUAGACAGGGACCCUCUCCUCGUAACGGGAAGGGUAAAGCCAGCCGCGGCCCGAUUUUCUCGUCCUUCAGGCAUCCCCUUGCUGGAAGCAGUCUCCUUUACAGAAUGCUCAUGGCAUAGUGGGGAGAUAGCUGGAUUUGGAAACCCAGGACUCAAGUUCGAAUCCUGUCUCCGCCACCUUGUGUGUGACCUUAGACAAAUCCCUUCCUUUUCUGGACUCUCCCCCCCCCAUAGAAAAUAAAGGGAUUGAGAUA